AUGGCUUCUACGAUGCCGCCCGUCCCUGCAAAGGACGAUGUCAACGCUACUUGGAAAUAUCUAGAGGCUGGCGUCGAUAAGAUCAUGACCAACCUGCGAGGGGGUAUGGACAUGAAGACAUACAUGGGCCUUUACACCGCCAUUCAUAACUUCUGUACCGCACAGAAAGCCGUCGCCGGCUCGUCCUUCACUACUAACAACAACCGCGGCGGUGCGCACCUACUUGGAGAGGACCUCUACCAACAUCUGAUCGAAUACCUCAAGGCACAUUUGGCUGGCGUACAAGCACAGUCAAAGGAGCAUGUCGAUGAGGCGCUUCUCACCUUCUACAUCAAGGAGUGGAACAGGUACACGACUGCUGGGCAGUACAACAAUCACUUGUUCAGAUACCUGAACCGUCAUUGGGUAAAGCGCGAGAUGGAUGAGGGCAAGAAGCACAUCUACGACAUCUACACGCUGCAUUUGGUUCGGUGGAAGGAAGACAUGUUCUUUGGCACACAAGAGAGCGUCAUGCGCUCCGUCCUGAAGCUAGUCGAGAAGCAACGAAACGGCGAGACCAUAGAACAGUCCCACAUCAAAUCAGUGGUCGAUUCCUUUGUGUCACUAGGUUUGGACGAGGCUGAUAGCUCGAAAUCGACGCUGGACGUAUACAAGCAGUACUUUGAGAAGCCGUUCUUGGACGCUACCGCGAAAUACUACGACAACGAGUCGAAACAAUUUCUCGCCGAGAACAGCGUUGUUGAGUACAUGAAGAAGGCCGAGGCACGCCUGGACGAAGAGAAGGAUCGCGUUCCCCUCUACCUGCUCAACGAGAUCAUGUCUCCGUUAAUGCGAACGUGUGAGCAGUCCCUGAUCACGAAUCACUCCCAAGCCCUGCGGGAGGAGUUUCAAAUCCUUCUGGACCACGACAAACAAGAAGAUCUUGGCCGGAUGUACAAGCUCCUCGCUCGCAUUCCCGAAGGUCUGGACCCCCUGCGCAGCCGCUUCGAGACUCACGUCCGCAAGGCGGGCUUGCAAGCAGUUGAGAAGCUAGCGCAGGAGGGUGAGAGCUUGGAACCCAAGAUCUAUGUUGAGGCUCUUCUCGAGAUUCACACUCAAUACCAGGAUCUUGUCAACAAGGCUUUUAACGGCGAGUCUGAAUUUGUGCGUUCUUUGGACAACGCAUGCAGAGAAUUUGUCAACCGCAAUAAGAUCUGCAAGUCUGGCUCCAACAAGUCACCGGAACUUCUCGCCAAGUACACCGAUACUCUGUUGAAACGAUCGGGGGCGAAGAUGAGCGAGGAAGACGACAUGGAGAAGUUGUUGACUCAGAUUAUGACCGUCUUCAAGUACAUUGAGGACAAGGACGUCUUCCAGAAGUUCUACUCGCGUAUGCUGGCGAAGCGUCUCGUUCAGACUACCUCUGCAUCCGACGACGCCGAGACUAGCAUGAUCAGCAAGCUCAAGGAGGCAUGCGGUUUUGAGUACACCAACAAGCUCCAGCGUAUGUUCCAGGAUAUGCAGAUCUCCAAGGAUCUUAACGGAGCCUUUAAGGAAUGGCAGUCCAACAACUUGGACGAGACUGAUGUCAAGGCCAGCGUCGAUGCCAGCUAUCACAUUCUUGGUACCGGUUUCUGGCCGCUCCAGCCGCCUACUACACCCUUCACAGCCCCGCAGUUGAUUGUUCAGACCUACGAGCGUUUUGCACGCUUCUAUAACCACAAGCACCAAGGUCGUAAGCUCACAUGGCUAUGGCAACUAUGCAAGGGUGAAGUAAAGGCCAACUACUGCAAGGUCGCUGGUUCCAAGGCUUCUCCAACUUUCCAGGUUUCUACAUAUCAGAUGGCCAUCAUGCUUCUCUUCAACGACAGUGAUAGCGUCACCUACGACGAAAUCGCAGAGGCUACCAAGCUCAACAAGGAGACGCUCGAUCCUAGCUUGGGUGUGUUCAUCAAGGCUAAAGUCUUGAUUGCUCAGCCAGACGGUGCCAAGCCUGAAUCAGGUACAACCUACAAGCUCAACACAGGCUUCAAGACCAAGAAGGUCAAGAUGAACCUGAACAUCGGAAUCAAGUCCGAGCAGAAGGCGGAGGCUGAGGAUACGCACAAGACGAUUGAGGAGGACCGAAAGCUACUCAUGCAGUCGGCCAUUGUGCGUAUCAUGAAGUCUCGCAAGAAGAUGAAGCAUCAGCAGCUUGUCUCUGAGACGAUUCAACAGAUCAAGAACCGAUUCAUGCCCCGUGUUCCAGACAUCAAGAAGUGCAUAGACAUUCUACUCGAGAAGGAGUACCUGGAGCGUCUCGAAGACGACGAGCUCGGCUACCUCGCGUAA